AGAAAGAGAGGUGGCCCUAGGUCUUUUGGUCAGGGAUGGGGAGGAUGUAAGUUAGCCAUUGGUAGAAAUUGGGAAUGGGCUGGCCUGUUCUUCUGUGUGUCCUCCUCUGGCCCCUCAGGACGAGGAAGGAGAGGACUGUGCAUUUCUGGCAGGGAGAAUGCUCUGUGGGUCCAGUGCCACAGGGCCCGUGGGGUGCCAGAGAAGCAUCCGUGUCCAUCAGGGCAAGUAGGGCAGCCUUUGGUCUGACACAAAGCCAUAGGUUUAUUCUGGCCGCGUAGAUGGUGAGGAAUUGUCCAGAACGUCUGCCCAGAAAGCGCAGUUCCUAGGAGGCGGCCCGUUGUGCCUAGACACGCGACCGAAGCUGGCAUACAUCUGUGGGCAGGGCCUGGCCGGGCAACUCCACGGCGGGCAGAGUGCAGGCGCCAACUAGCGGUGGCUCCCGAAACUGCUCCCCGCCCGGAGGGCCCGGGCGACCGCAGGCUGGAGCCCCAAGCGUCCCCCGGUUCCCGCGCCCACACGCCCACACGCAGUGAGUACCCUCCGGAGGGCUGGAGCCACGCCGGAUCCUGUGCCAGGUGCCGAGACCCACAGGAACCUCAUUUUCAGGAUGUCCGUUUGUGAACCCACCGUAGGAUGAGGGAGAAAUCAGGCGGAGGGGCAAGUAAGGGCACGGGUGCAAACCGAAACCACUAGACCAAUCGAAUUUACAAACCUCUGAUACAGCGGGUCCUGGCCCUACAGCCGCUCCAGGGCCACACGGGUCGCCCCCCCCCCCCGGCCCUGGGCCGUACCUGGCCACAACUUGGUGGGCCUUUUGGCGGGAAGCUCCCAGAGGUCCGACGCACCAACGCCCCGGUACCUCGUUUUUUUCUGGUUCCGCCGCUACUGCCUCCCCGUAUGGGAGAGUGCAAGGGCCGUGGCCCCGGCGAUCUGCAACUCCGAGACGCAGGCUCUCUAAAUAGAUCCCGUAGGGUCCUUCGGUGUCCCCGCCUUAGAAAUGGCCCGAGGGGCUGACGUGAGGCGACGACAGGGUCAGGGACCAGCUCUCCAGGUGGUCGAGGUUGUGCCGGAGCCUCUCCGCCCUGCAGCGCACGCGGGUCUUGAAUUCGUUCCGCAACGACGAAAUGGCGCGCACUGGGCCGGGGUCAGAUCCCGGCUGCGAUCUGGCGGCCACUUUCGGAUUCUAUCCUUCUUCGCUUCCGAGGCUUGGAAUUUGUUGCACUGCACCUGUCAAGCGCCGAGAACAACGAAUACUCAGCCCAGUCUCCAGACGGCCGAGACUCGACCCGAGCACCAGCCGCCGCUUCACACCUCCCUCCACGGCCUUCCCCUGCGGCGGCGGCGGCGGCGGCGGCGGCAGCGGCGGCGGCAAGAUGGGCGAGAACAGCGGCGCGCUGAGCGCGCAGGCGGCCGUGGGGCCGGGCGGGCGCGCCCGGCCGGAGGUGCGCUCGAUGGUGGACGUGCUGGCGGACCACGCGGGCGAGCUCGUGCGCACCGACAGCCCCAACUUCCUCUGCUCCGUGCUGCCCUCGCACUGGCGCUGCAACAAGACGCUGCCCGUCGCGUUCAAGGUGGUGGCGCUGGGGGACGUGCCCGAUGGAACAGUGGUGACCGUGAUGGCUGGCAAUGAUGAGAAUUACUCUGCGGAGUUGCGUAAUGCCUCGGCGGUCAUGAAGAACCAGGUGGCCAGGUUCAACGACCUUCGCUUCGUGGGCCGCAGUGGGCGAGGGAAGAGUUUCACACUGACCAUCACCGUGUUCACCAACCCCACCCAAGUGGCCACCUACCACCGAGCCAUCAAGGUGACCGUGGAUGGACCCCGAGAACCCAGACGGCACCGGCAGAAGCUGGAGGACCAGACCAAGCCAUUCCCUGACCGCUUCGGGGACCUGGAACGGCUGCGCAUGCGAGUGACGCCGAGCACGCCCAGUCCCCGUGGCUCGAUCAGCACCACCAGCCACUAUAGCAGCCAGGCCCAGACCCCCAUCCAAGGCACCUCGGACUUGAACCCGUUCUCCGACCCCCGCCAGUUUGACCGCUCCUUCCCAGCGCUGCAGACGUUCACGGAGAGCCGUUUCCCCGACCCCAGGAUGCAUUACCCCGGGGCCAUGCCGGCCGCCUUCCCCUACAGCGCCACGCCCUCGGGCAGCCUCAGCGUGGCCAGCAUGCCCACCACCGGCCGCUUCCACCACACCUACCUCCCGCCGCCCUACCCGGGGGCCCCGCAGAACCAGAGCGGGCCUUUCCAGGCCAACCCGUCUCCCUACCACCUGUACUACGGCGCGUCCUCCGGCUCCUACCAGUUCUCCAUGGUGGCCGGCAGCAGCAGCAGCGGGGGCGAGCGCUCCCCGACCCGCAUGCUGGCCUCCUGCACCAGCAGCGCCUCUGUCGCCGCGGGCAACCUCAUGAACCCCAGCCUGGGCGGCCAGAGCGACAGCGUGGAGGCGGACGGCAGCCACAGCAACUCCCCUACCGCCCUGAGCACGCCGGGCCGCAUGGACGAGGCCGUGUGGCGGCCCUACUGACCCCCCCGGGGUCCAAGCAGAUGGCUCCCGGCGGAGGCAGGGAUCCCACGAAACUUCCGGACAAGUGGCUGGCCCGGCUCGAAGCUCCAGGCAGGAGUGGGACUUACCGCUCCAGGCCAGUCAUGGGCGCAGGGGCCACAAGGCCUGGGGCCUAGAGCUGGUGGGCGGCUCUGAGAGCAUCCAGUCCAGCCACGUCAUUGUACAGAUAGGUAGGGACCUCCCUCAGGACGCUGCCCCUAGCCCAGACCCUCAUCAUCUCAUCCCACGUUCCUGUGGGAAGGUUAUCCUCCUGCCGCGCCCCCGGAAUGACCUGGCUCUCCCCAGCCAUGCCCGGUGCUAUCACAGGGCCCAGGUCCCCUGGGGCAGAGACCAUCUCUGUUCCAGCGAGAGGUGGCUUUUGCCCACACGGCUUGGCCUCUGACCCACGGGGCCCUGGAAAGACCUCCCCACCCGCUGCCCUUCCUCAAAGACCCUGUACCCGUGGGCCCAGCCCUUCCUUAGCAUUUAUGCAAAUUGAAUCAGAACUGGAAGGUCUCUCCACCCCUGAAAGGGUUUCCCUUCAUUGUAUGGAUGGGGACAGGGUCCAUCCAAGGGCCCCUGGAAGUCACUGGCAGAGAUGGGAUGAGAACACCCUCAAGCCAGUCCCCCCCCUCCCCCGCCCCCACCCCCGCCAGCUCUGCUUCCCUAGAGUUCCUAACAGCCCAAAGCUCCCAUCCUGUCUCCGCUAUCUGCGGGUUCCAGGCCCCCCAGGAGACUAGCCAAUGGCAGCAGGUCCCUAAAACCAGGAAGAACACCUGCAGACAGGUCCUCUGUGCACUUUACCAGCCCAAGGCGUUUGCCCUCUGUUCUCUUGGUGGAGGGCCAAAGAUCCCCCUACCCUUGCCCCCAGGCUGGUCUCAGAAUUGCCAUUUGUGGAAAGAGCACGGGGCCCAGAGAGGUCCUAGCAGAAGGCACUGGUGAGAGGUCACAGGGUCAGAUUUCAGCUUCCCUGCCUCACCUUGGUCCAGGCAAGCUGUGCGCACUCCCCAACCCCAGGCUUGCGGGCCGGCCCCGUCAGAUCUUCUAGCCUCUAACAGGGUUCCAUCUUGAACCGGUCUGGGCUCCAAAAGCAGGCUUGGACAAAAACCAGUUUUUAAAGCUGAUUUUAGAAUAAGAAACAUCAAAUAUUUUCAAACCCCCGGUCUCUUAGAGGUAAAGCCUUGCAGUAGCGAACAGCAUCCUCUCUGCCUUCUGGGAGUGGCAUUGUCAGGCCCUCCGGCAUCCCACCAACUCCCACCCAAGGGCCCAUGUUGGUGGGGACCCAAGGGAACCCCAGGUGACACUAGAACUCACAUCUGCGGCUCUCAGAUACCCACCCAACAGGAAGUAGAGAGGUGGGGUGGCGGCAGAAGGGCCGGCCAGCACCUCAGCUCGGCACAGCCCCUGGCCUCAGGAAGGAAAGUAUUGCCCCUUUAGUUUGCAGACAGGAAAGCAGGACUUGCCCGGGGCUUCAGGCUACACAGAUACUGGAGUCGGAGUUUAGUUCCAAAAAGGCACAAGUGGGAAAGGACGAGAAACCCUGUCAGGGCUAGACAGCACGUAGCGUGUGGUUUUCAGUCAUUGUUGCAGCCACAUCCUCUGUGGCUAUGACAACCUUUCCUCCUCCAUUGUCGUCUCUGUGAGAGCUCUCUGCCAGCCACGCCACACACCCCUGCCCCCAACCUGAAACAGAGGGCAGCUGAUGUGCCCGGCUAUGCACUCUGGCGAGUUAGGAAGUCCUUCUGGUGAUCUUACACCCGACCCGCUGCAGUUUCUCUGGGCCUGUCCUCACUGGAAAAAAACAGUCUCCAUCUCAAGAUAGCUGCUGGGGUGUCCUGCUGACUCUCUGCACGCAGCGGGGGCGGGGGGGGGGUCCCCACCCCUUCUCAGGAAGCAGCUGCAAAUCCAUUGCCCUGGUCCCCUCACCCACUCCCCCCUCCUCGCUUCUUCUCUGUGGUUGCAGACUGGCCCCAGGCCUGCGUAGGAGGCACCCUGGGGUUCCCAGUGCCCAGCACUUUGUAGCCCCACUCCGGAUUACUAGCCCUUCCUGAGAGCCAAGCCCUGGUAGGGGCAGAGACAGGAAAUAAAUGCAUCCCUCCUCCCACAUGCCCGCGCCCCCUCCCACAAAUAAAAAUGAUGACAGUCAUGCUGAAUCUGGUUUUAAGGCCCAUAGUGGGUGCAGACAGCUCCGGCUGCUAGAAAUGGGUCCUUAUUUACAAGGCUGCUUUAAAGUUGUCCCUGGCGAACACACUGAUUUAGAAAGCACAAGGAAAUGGAGAAGUUUUGAUAACCAUAUUACUGUAAGCUUGGUGGUGGCGGGUACAGACCCUUGGUGACAUACUGUCAUGUCGAGGUGUUAACACCUGCCACAUGCACAUCUUCGGUAAAACCGUCUCAGAGCUGGGAAGGGGGUGGGGGGAGGGUGGAACCUGCUUUGCACUAUAAUUUGCUUAAUGUGUUUGUUUUCAAUGCACAACUUGCUGUAUGGUACACUGUUCAUUCUCUGUCUAUUUAACUGUAAAAUGGAAUUUUGACUGAUUUGUUACAAUAAUAUAACUCUGAGAUGUGUUGAAGGA